AAGAAGUUUGUCAUGAGCUCCCUGAAUUCAACUGUUUCAACAAAUUCCACGUUUGUUCGACCUCAGUUCUUUUACAUCAAUGGCUUUUCUAACAUUCCACAUGUUAAGUUCUACUUCAUUUUCUUGUGUUUUGUUUAUACAGUAACUGUAAUAGCAAACUCUUUCAUCAUGUUCAUUAUAUUUAUGAACCAAAACCUUCACACCCCUAAAUAUUCGGCUGUUUUUAAUUUAGCUGUAGUUGAUAUGGGUGGCAGCACAGCUCUUAUUCCUAAAAUGAUUGAGACUUUCUUAUUUGAUUCUCAGUUCAUAACAUAUGAAGCUUGCUUGGUCAAUAUGUUUUUUGUGCAUUUGUUUACUUUCAUGCAGUCACUAACUCUUCUUGCACUUGCCUACGAUAGAUUUGUUGCUAUAUGCUUUCCGUUAAAUUAUCACAGUGUUAUCACUAAUGGAAAGAUGGUUUUGAUUUUGGCAAUAAUAUGGAUUAUGACAGCUGGCCUUAUGCUAAUAGCUGUAGGUUUAGUUACAAGACUGUCAUUCUGUAAAUCUAUUGUCAUAAACAGCUAUUUUUGUGAUCAUGGGCCUGUGUGUCAAUUAGCUUGUAACAGCAAUUCUCCAAAUCAUAUUUAUGCACAGUUUUGUAUUUCAAUUGUCCUCUUUAUACCAUUAAUUCUGAUUGCACUAUCCUAUAUGUGUAUUGUGUUUGCGUUGUUGAAAAUUGCAUCAGGAGAAGAGCGUUUAAGAGCAAUGAAAACUUGCACCUCCCAUCUAAUCUUAGUGGCAGUGUUUUAUCUUCCCAUAUGUGGAACCUACCUUGCUGCGAUACUAUCUACCAUUCAUCCAGAUGCCAGAAUAUUAAAUACAUCCUUAUCUUCUACUAUUCCACCAAUGCUGAACCCCAUCAUUUACACAUUAAAAACCGAGGAGAUUUUGGAAACAGUUAAAAGGCUUUACAAUAGAAACAAGAUAUCGGCAGCUUUUUGA